UGCUUCGCUAGUCACAUUUCAAUCCUACGAGCAGAACAAGGAAUCCCGGAUUCUACAGGAAAACGUGGUGCUAAAAAGUGUAUCUCGGACUCAGUACUGAUCAGAGGUUGAUCCGGUUGUAGUGCGGAGGUCUUAACGCCUGGAAGGAUCUUUUGAUCCAAAGACCUUUCGAGUGACUGUGAUAAAAAGAAACCCAGAAGACAAAUCGAAACAGUAGAAAAAAUGGCAAGACACAGCACAAAUCUGCUGAUAUACACAAUCAGUUUCGUCCUCACCGUUGGAAGAAAUUUCGUCACAGGAAGUGCAAUCGACCGAAGUUGUAUUGUGCCCCUGAAACCGGACUGGUCAUUUUUUUCACCGUUGAUCUUCAGUCAGGAUGGGCGACUUAUUUCAACCGAAAACGUCAGUGACGAAACUGAAGACAUCACAUUAAGUGCAGGUGACGAGGUGCUGAUUUCCUGUGCCCCCAACUAUUUCCGGGAAUUUGCCUCGGAGAGAGUUUUGAAAGCAGCCUGCAAGAAGGAUAAAACUUUUGUGGUCGAUGGAGAGGACAAAAAUUUCGUUUCGGAGCUCUCCUGCAUGGCUCGUUCCAUAGAAGAGAUUAUCGUUCCGGUUCGGGGUUGCCCUUCAACUGCUCGUUCGAUUGAAUACGGUUACACCAAUCCGGUCAAUGAAAGAUCGUACAUCUUGGGAGAAGCCUGUUAUGAUGUCAAAAGAGGUCAGACUCUAUUUGUCCAUACCAAGGUUAGAUCGGGAGAUAAUACCGUUGAAGCCUUGUCACUAAAAACCUUCAACAAUGCCAGUUACUUCAUUCAAGAACAUCCAACUACGCGCUACAAAGUUGAACUCAACAAAGCCUUGAACAUCAAUGAUCAAGCCGAACGAUUUAAGGGAGUAUUUGGAACGAAAAAUGUCCCCAAGAUUGAGUCACGCCGAUAUGUUAACGAGGAUUUACUCACGCACAAGCAAUACCAGGCCGUACUAAAACUGGCGUGGAACUACCAAAUUGUGAAAGAUUUAGAAGAGCUGGAAAAUUUUGACAACCUCAUCAGUGACAUCAGCGAUCUAGCCGAGCGAGAGGUAGAAAUCUACAGCGGAGCACAUGGAGUUCUGUCGCUGAAAGACAAAAAUGACAACCCUGUUGAUGUGUACCUGAAGGACAAACGAUUUCCGGUGCCCAAAUUCCACUGGACUGUCGUAAAAUCAGGCAAUCGAGCUGUCGGCUUUGCCGUAUUCAACAAAGCGCAACUGCCCGACAAAGAGCGGGAAAAGGAUACGUUCUGUACCAGCAUAUGUGAUCAAAUCACCUGGAUCAACUCCCUCAAAGAAAAUGAUUCCUACAGCAACCCAAGUUUGGGCUAUGUCCUGUGCUGUGAGCUCAAUGAUUUCCGAAAAACGAUAAAGGAAAUGCCACCGCUAAACGGCAUAAAGGACGUGCUAAAGUAGGACAAAACUCGACCGUUCCUCCUGAGCAAGUGUGAAUGAAAGGCGGAAUCAACAAACCUAACGCUGGCAUGUGAUUUAAAUUUUUAAUUUAAUUAUUUAAAACGAACAAAACAGUAGACGUACACAAUUAUCUACAUCUUCGAUGGCUGACAAGGAAAACUGAUGUAGGAUGCUCUCUUAAGUAAAUAAACGGUGUGCGUGAAUGAGCGUUUGAGUGAACCUGAGUGAAAGUGAUUGUAAAAAAAAACAAACAAAUAAAAGAGUAGAG